AGCGGUGGUGUGCGCACCGUCAGAUACACCCUGCGGUGCCUUUCAUCCUCCAGCCUCAACAUCAACAACAACAAAAUCAAAACCCACGCCGUUUUUUCUCUUUCUUUCUUCUCCGCUACGCACUUCGCGAGCGACUUCGAGUUACUGACAUUCACUGUCUAUAUAUAUACACUUCUUGCCUAGUAGCAGCGGAGGUGUUCCUACUCCCGUUUCUCCGUCAUUAUUUUGUCUGUUCCGCUUCAUUUCGUCUCUGCUCUUUCAGCCCUUGUUUUCCAUUUCAGUGCGCCUUCCGUUGACCGGAGCUCGCGUACGUGAAAGGUGGGUGGCGUUGCGUACGUAGUGGAUCUUCAUUGUACACUUCUCUUUUCACCUCCACUUCUUCCUUUUCAGUGAGUUUUUGUUUGUUUGUCAGCGCUGGCGCCUCUAUCUAUAUAUCGCUCGCCACCCUCCCUCCCCUCCCCCCAGCGGAUACGUGGUGGAGGCGUAUGUAUUUGUGGAUUUGCAUGCCUGUACGAGCGCAGGCGGGAGCCCCAACGGGUCUUCUUCCUUUCCCUCUCUUCUACCAUUGUUGCCAUCGCUAUCGCCACAAACAGCUGCGAGUACUUCUCUUUCGUUGACGACGUCGCUGACAUGAUAUAUAUAUAUGCGUUCGCUCUUGUUUUCCGGUUGCACAUCGUCUUCGACCUCUUUCUUUUUCUUGGUUUGUUUGGAAGCGGCUCAGCGUACGCGGGUCAUUAUUUUGGAGCGUAGUCCUUGCGUUGUGUGCGCGGUCGGGUGCUGGUGUGUCUUUCCCCGUUGAUUGGGUCUCACGUUCCUCGUACGACGUCUACCUCCACCACCACCACCACCACCACCACACACACAACACCACGCACGGACCCACGCAUACACAUAUUCAUAUACAUAACGAAGGCGCGUCAUGGACACCAGCGGCGGCGCCCUUCCACCUUCACCGUCUUCGCGUGGUUCACAGAAAGCGGUGUUAUCCCACUACAUUACACCGCCCGGCACGGCCCGCCGCAUCGUGCCGACCUUCCCGCCUCCUGGCUGCCACUUCUACGACUCCUACCUCAACUGCUUCCAAUACCGCCCCGAGGUGCGCGGAAAGCUGCUGGACGCCGCUCGCCGCCACACGGCAUCCCGUCACUCCGCCCUCUACGCAGAUGACCACCCUCCUCCGCAUGCUUUGCCGGGCACGGCAUCCGACACUGGUGCAGCGUUGCCUUGCAACCUCGAUGACCCAUCCCUUCGUGCAGACCCCCGCAGCCGACUUCAGUGCACAGCCUGCCGCUGUGGAUUGAAGGCGGUGCAGCUCUUCGCCACGAGUCAGGAUCUUCCGCAGCCACCGCUGCCGCUGUCGAAGUGCGAGCUGCACGAGGUGCUGCUCUCUCUGCCGCCCCGCUGGCAGAACUAUCCAUGGAGGCUCUGCUUCGACACGGCGCGGGACGGCUUCAGCCUCUCCACGCUGUACCGAUGCAUGGAGGCGGUCGAGGAGCAGCAGAGGCGCGCCAAGACCGUCGCUUUUGGGCUGCUUUUCGUCUACCAACGCGAUGAUGCACCAAUGGACCCGUCUGUCUCCGCCGGCUCCUCUAUUUGCAACUCGCCGGCUGCGUCGGGCAACUCAAAGUCCUUUCAGCAGGUGCACCGAGCGCGCUCACUGCGGUACGGUGCGCUGCGUGGCACACUGCCCUACGGUGUCAUUGGUUGCUUUACACCGGUGGUGCCGAGCCUGGCCCAUCACGCAGCCAACAUUUAUUUUGGCUCGGAGGAAUCGUACGUGUUCCGACUGGAUCAAUUAGGGCUGUCGCCGGAUUGUGGUGUGUGGAUGCAACGUGAUUUUGCCAUAUGGGCGGAGCAACAAGCCACCGCUGCCGCAGCGGCAUCAAAAGCAAAGGAAGCGGCAGGGGAAGGCGUGCGUGACCGUCAAGGGACGAAGAACGCCGCGGCCGGUGGAGCGCCUGCGCGCUCGCUAAGCAGGAGCGGCGUCUCACCGUCAAGCAACGAGAACAGCAGUUUAAACUCCCCUCCUCUUGGCGCAUUGCGAUCGGUGCCGGGUCUCGCUCGCCUGUCGGACGGCGCAGAGCAGACCCACGUGCCCGUGCCACGGCACACACACAUGACCGUUGAGCGCGUAGACGACGAUGCGAGCGCGGAGGCGGUGAACGGAAAAUUCAGAGCUGAGAAGGCGGCCGCAUCACCGUCGUUGGCGGACGCGAGUGCUGGGGCGACAGCAGCGAAAAAGUCGUCCUCGCUUCCCACGCUCACCGCCGCAGCGACGGUAACUGGUGCGUCUGCCACUCCGCCCUCCUCCAGCAAACCGACGAGUCCUUCUCAAGCUGGCGGCAAGGCUGUGGUGCACCGAUCGCUGCAUUCGUCCUCCGUGCGCGGCGUUGUCCCGCGAGCGCCGCUGCUCACCAAAUACGGCUGGUCCGGCCGGCUAGACAAUCGCAAGUUUGUGGUGUGCAAUCCACGCUUUCUCGCCCUUGGUGCGGGCAAAAGCGGCGCCGCGCUUUUCGUUGACGAGGCGCUGCAGUUCGGCACGAGCAGCAAUUAUUGUGAGACCUUCGACGCACCCUGCCUCUUUGGACCACGCCCGGUGAACUCGCCUUCCGCGUCGUCGCUGAGCUCCCCGUCAAUGGCGCAGCCGUCUGCCACGCAGCGGCCACCGCAGUACUCGACGUCGACGUGUCCAAAAGCAGCGCAGUUGGCGGAAACCUUUCCUGGCCCUCCGGGCAGCCUCUCCCAUCGCGAGUUCGCCAUUCGACGUGUGGUCUGGUUCUCCAUCACGGAGGACAGACGGACGUUCCGCCUGAUGAACGGCGCCGGUGCAGCAUCCGUGGUGGCGACGACGACGAUGGCGACGGACGGUUCAGCAGGCGAUGCUGUGGCGGGUGCCGACAACCACCUGUGCCGCUGUGGGCGUGUGGGCAGGACAGCAGAGCCAGAGGUGGCAGACGGCGGCCACGUGAGCUCGUCCGGCGAGUUGAACUACCUGCACACGUGCGAUCUCCUUCCUUUCACUGAACAGCCGUACUGA